CUUUUCUAUUAAAUCUGUGUUUACGAUUUUAUUUUGCUUGUCGCGGGCUGGUGGCGGCUGAGAUUUUGCUUGUUCUCAUCUCGAAAUAAUAAAUAUUUUUGCUGUUUAUACUAUUUUUUAAAAUCUCGUGAUGGGGUUCGAUGAAGGGCGAAUGGUUUUAGACAGCCCUAACGGAACGUACUAUUCCGGUCAAACAGUUCAGGGGAAACUGAUAUUUCAACAAGACAAAGUUAAAAGUUUUCGUGGUUUAUUCGUGAAACUAAAAGGAUUUUGCCAUGUUCAUUGGACAACAAGACGCACCCGAACAGUCAAUGGAAAAUCACAAAGUUAUACUGUGAACCACAAUGCACAUGAGGAAUAUGUCAAUACCAAGAUGUAUAUGGUUGGUGGUGAAUCAGGAGAGCACACAAUCCAACCAGGUCACUACGAGUUUCCAUUCCAUUUCCAAUUACCUUCAAACUGUCCAUCGUCAUUUGAAGGUGAAUAUGGACACAUCAGAUAUGAGAUCAAGGCUGUUGUGGAUAGAGCCUUUAAGUUUGACCAGGAGAAGAAAGUUGCUGUCAGGGUGAUGGCACCUUUGAAUCUUAAUUUGGAUCCCUAUUGUAGAGAGCCGAUUGAGAUGGAGUUCCAGGAGUCCUACUGCUGUUGCUGCAUGAGCUCUGGCUCAACAGAAGCAGUAAUAAAGUUGCCCGUCUCGGGCUACUGCCCCGGGCAAACCAUACCCAUAGAUGUGGCCUGCUCUAACAAGGGCAGCGUGGGGAUAGACGACAUUAAACUGAAGCUCACUAAGAAAGUAACAUUCAUAGCGACGAGCGAGCCCGGCCGGAGGAAAGUGAAGGACACAAUAGCAGAGAUCCAGAAGGGACCGGUACCGUCCAACACGAGUCGCAACUGGACGGUGGAGAUGGGUGUGCCAGCGUUGGACGUUUACAACCUCUCCGGCUGCCAGUACAUCCAGCUGGAAUAUGUAUUCAAAGUUACGGUAUGCCCGGAUGGAUGUCACUCGAAUACUGAAGGCUCCCGUCGCAUUGUCAUUGGCACCGUCCCCCUUGUUGGAUUCCAGGACAAUGUGCUAAACCCACUUCGUGACCAACUGCCUCAACAAAUCACUGUGGCACCACAAACUGCAUACCCACCCGUACUUAAUGUUUACUCCGAUGGUGAACCACCUCAGCCCCUCGAAAACACUCCUUACCCCGCACAACCGUAUCCCGGAAAUUCGGCUUACCCUCCCGCUAAUCCUUACCCGAAUGGUAAUAAUAUGCAACCAAAUCCUCCGUAUCCUCAAUCGAACUCGCCGUAUCCACCUUCAGGCUCACCUUACGCGCCUAGAAGCUCUGCUUACCCCACUGCAAAUCCACCUUACCCUGAAAAUCCUCCUCCCUACCCUGGUAAUUUAACUGAUCCUUCUGCAAAUCCGCCGUUCCCAAGUGCAAAUCCGCCUUACCCUGCUUCUAAUCCGCCUUACCCUGGUGCAAAUCCGCCUUACCCCGGGGCUAAUUCACCUUACCCUGAUGCAAAUCCGCCUUACCCCGGUGCAAAUCAACCGUACCCGGGUGCAAAUCAACCUUACCCGGGUGCAAAUCCGCCUUACCCCGGUGCAAAUUCGCCUUACCCACCACAAAAUGUGCCAUACGAAACGAAGCCGAACGUCAUGCCAAGUCCUGGAAAUAUAGGAGGAUUGAAAACCGGAAAUCUUGGAUUUACCGUACCGGGUGAAGCUGGGAUGAAUGUGCCCCCAUUCUUACCGAAUUCUGCAUUUCAAAAUCCUGUCUCUCCCGUGCCCGCCAACCCGUACGCUACGGCGAGCGCGCCAGAUAUGAACUCCCCUGACAGCACGCUCCCAGAAAAAAAAGAUUAACUGCGGGGUUCCCGAUCACCGCAAGUAUCAGCUAGGGUUAUAGGACAGACGUACGCACCCAUACCUAAACCCACAAACGCACACGCAAACCUACGUCUAAACAAAAACGUAACGCACCUUAAACGCACGUCCCCACGCACAAGCGUUGCAGUGCGUCUAGGGUAACCCCACUCGACAAUUUUACUUCUCGCGACACGUAAAUCGCGCUGUGAAACUCUUUUUACACCCGCACAUGCAUGCAGUACCAUACGUUACACUGUUACCCUAAAAUAUCUUUUUUUUUUAAAUUCUAUUAAAAGGUAUCCCUUGACUUCGAUUUCACCAGCACGGCUAGCAUAGACAAGAGAUCCGAUUUUUAUCCCCGAUUAUAUCAUCUGGCAAGGGAAAAAAUUUAUUUGUCCCACAAAAGCACGACAACAGCCAGGGAAGUCUACCCUUGAUUUGAUUAUUUGACGGUCGAUUGGCACAGUGGGCAGCGACCCUGCUUUCCGAGUCCAAGGCCGUGGG